AAUAAUACGUGCAUUCAUUCUAUAACCCUCUUUUCAUACUUUUAGAAAAUCGAUCACAAUAUUACUAAACAAAAAUAAUUAGAAAAUACUUAAUUUUAAAAAAAGAUGCAGUGAAUAGUUUUCAAAAUAAUACCAAAGUAUUACUGAGUAUUUUAAGAUAAGAAAGAGUGGACUUCUUAAGUUUGUACGUGCUAAUAGCUACAUACCUUUAUUAAGUGUGAAGGGGGUAGUGAUUCAUAUUCAUGGUGUUGGAUUAUAUUCAAGUGGAUUAUAUUAUUCGUGGUGGGUCACCAAUAGUGAUAUCAUCAUCUCUACCAACAUAGUUUGGGCGCAUCGUUAAAGUCAACGGUGGAAAUCCUAGAACAGAACAGAACAGAAUACCAUUGAUAUCUAUUGACGAGUUAUGACUGGAUAUAAGGGAUAUAAGACAAAGUUGGUUGUUGCGGCGAUUGAUUUCGGAACAACAUAUUCUGGAUACGCACAUUCUUUCAAAGAUGAAUACCAAAAGGAUCCACUAAAGAUCUAUGCUAACCUGGACUGGACAGAUGGCUCCGGACUGAUCACAGUAAAGGCCCCUACCGUGGUACUGUUUGAUCCGAAGGGAAACUUUCAUUCAUUUGGAUACGAAGCAGAGACCCAUUAUGCAAAACUGUCUGAAGAUGAAGAACAUCGUGGCUGGAAAUAUUUCAGGCGUUUUAAAAUGAAAUUGCACGAGAGACUGAAUCUUAGUCGUGAUAUAAUGAUCUAUGAUGACCAGAAACAAAGAAUGCCAGCAAUGAAUGUCUUCUCGGCUGCAAUCAAAUAUUUAAAGGACCAUCUUAUGAAGAGAUUGAAAGACAGAAUAGGGGACUUACGUGAAACAGAUAUACACUGGGUUCUUACAGUGCCAGCUAUAUGGCAUGAUGGCGCGAAACAAUUUAUGAAAGAGGCCGCAGACAAGGCCGGUAUUCCCGAGGACCAACUAACUUUGGCCUUAGAACCGGAAGCUGCUGCCAUUUACUGCAAAGAAUUAGUCGUAUCGGUAGCAAAAGAGCAAAGACAAGAAGCACAGCUACAAUCGUUUAGUACUGGUGCACAGUUCAUGGUCUUAGAUUUAGGAGGUGGCACUGUUGACAUAACUGUACAUGAGGUACAGAGAGAUGGUACACUUAAGGAACUACAUUCUCCAAGUGGUGGUCCUUGGGGAGGUACUGUAGUAGACAUGAGCAUUGACGAGUUUCUAGAUGAAUUGUUUGGGCCUGAUGUAAUGAGGGAAUUUAGAGACGAGUGUAAGACAGACGACCUUGACUUACAGAGAACAAUAGAGCUAAAGAAGAGAACAUGCAAGGAUAUCGAGAAUGACAAAGUCAACCUUAAAUUACCGACAGCUCUCUACGAAUUCUAUGAAGAAAAGACAGAUCAGAGUUUUGCAGCAUCAUUACCGAGGAGCAAAUUUUCAAAGUCUGUAAAAAAGAGAAGGGACAGGUUAAACAUUGAAAAUGAAAUGUUUUUGAGAAUGUUCAAAUUGUCAAAGGGCAAUUUGGUAAAUCACGUGGAAAAUUUGUUACGGAACCGGGAGCUUAGAAACGUGAAAACUUUGAUGAUGGUAGGCGGGUUUUCAGAAUCUGAUAUAAUGAAGAAUGCUAUAAAAACUGCCUUUCCCAGCAAACAAGUUAUCGUUCCUGAACAAGCGGGACUAGCAGUAGUAAAAGGCGCUGUAAUGUACGGACACAAUACAGACUCUAUUAGCUCAAGAAAACUACCUUACACAUACGGUAUAAGUACAGCAGUACCAUUUGAUGACAGACGGCAUCCUAUCUCAAAGAGAGUAUUCCGUGAUGGAAUGUACAAGUGCGAGGAUGUUUUUAAGGUGUUUAUUAAAGCCGGCACCACAGUUGUUCCACAUAAAACAAGCAUAGAGUAUUCGUUCUGCGCGCCAUUCAUAGGUUCAUCAAAAGCAACAGUUGAGGUGUACACAUCCAAAUCUGAGACCCCUAUGUAUGUAUCAGAUCUCGGAUGCCGUCGCAUUGGAGAGAUAUCACUUGAACUAAUUGGGAGACGAAGAGAAGAAAAACAGGUGUUGGAUGUAGAGAUGUUGUUCGGAGGUACUCAAGUAAAGGUUACUGCAAAAGAACACGGAACAAACAAUAAAGUGUCCGCAACUUUCAAUUGCCUUAGAUAAAAAGGCCUAAGUGUGAAAUUAAACUUUUGAUGAAAAAAAGUUAUCAGAUAAUGUGCUCUAUAUAUUCCUUAAGUAUCCUCGAAAUCAAGUUAACUUUCAGAGAUAGAAAAUAUAGCUUCUCUGGUCGCAAUCAGUUAAAAAGACUAAAAUGUCACUACUGAUUUGUGAGACAUGAAAACAGAGAUUUGAGUAUAUAUAUGCAAAUGUUGAACCAGUACGAUUCUACCUAUUAUCCCUCAUUUUUGUAUAAGAAUACUUUUUUCCGAGGUACUUAACAACUUUUGUGCAUGGAACACAUAUGGUAUUGUCUUCUAUCAAAUCGUAACAGAGAACAUUAUAUCUUUAUCGGAGACAGGACCACCGCCCCUUUAGCUUUACCCUGCUAAAUUUCUAAAAUGGACUGGUCCAUCAAGUUUGGGCAGUACCGCUUCUUAUUCAAAGGUGUGUUCACUUAAAAUUAACUGACUGACUAGCGAACAGUGCAUACCAUGAUCAGCCUGCACGGACAAAACCACUUGCCGCCAGCAGGCUGAAGGUUAAACUGGUAGCCCUAAUUUGACAUGAAGACCCUUUAUAUAUGCGGACUUAAUGAACUUAAUUUUAUGAUGUCCUAAGCCAGCGUAAUAUAUUAGUUGGUUAGGUAAGAUUCUAGUAAUUGUUUUAGUUUUAUUGUAUUGUUUUAAAAUUGUAAUGCAUAUAUAUAUAUAUAUAAGUUUUCGAAAUAAUAAUUGCAGAACAUUUAAACGGUGCUUUGUAGUAAGCUAAAUCAUGAAUACGAUUUAGUUCGUGCUACUUGUCUAAAAGUAUGCAUUUGUGCAUGCAAAGUAUGGGUCCAUGUGUAAUCCAUCCGAUGAUAAUUUCUCUGAUAUGUCAAACUUUAUCAUGAUAAUGUUAAGGGCUGUACUGCUGUGAUAACGUUUGUGAUGUCUAUGAAAGACGUUUUGGUCAAAUGAUUAAAACGUUCAACGUGAUCUCGUGUGUUAGUGUUAAUAUUCAUUGAGACUAAAUUUAACAUAUUCUGAUCUAUUUAAUGCUGUUUUAUCGUAUAUGAUAUUAUCUGAAUCCAUCCAUGUCCAUGUCUCUUGUUAUGAUAUGCUUUUAUAUUUUCUUUUAUUUGUUACGCUGU